AGCAGCCGUCCCUUCACAGCCUCCGAAGGUGCCCGCUUCCCUUCGGGAGCUUCCGCCAAUCGGGAGGCAAUCUUGGAGGCGGUAUUUGACCUGUCCAAAGACAACUUGAUACCUCUAUAAUGUAACAGAAAAUAUCAUAAAAUAUUAAGCAAGUAGCAGUGUGGAGCAUAUUAAGCAAGAUGAACAUCUCGGGAAGCAGCUGUGGACGCCCUAACUCUGCAGAUAUAUCUAGUGACUUUAAGGACCUUUGGACAAAACCGAAAGAGUGUCAUGAGAGAGAAGUACAAGGAUUACAAGUAAAAGUAACCAAGCUAAAAAAGGAGCGAGUUUUAGAUGCACAAAGACUAGAAGAAUUCUUCACCAAAAAUCAGCAGCUAAGGGAGCAGCAGAAAGUCCUCCAUGAAACGAUUAAAGUUUUAGAAGAUCGGUUAAGAGCAGGAUUAUGUGAUCGCUGUGCAGUAACUGAAGAACAUAUGCGGAAAAAACAGCAAGAGUUUGAAAAUAUCCGGCAGCAGAAUCUUAAACUUAUUACAGAACUUAUGAAUGAAAGGAAUACCCUACAGGAAGAAAAUAAAAAGCUUUCUGAACAACUGCAGCAGAAAACUGAAAAUGAUCAACAGCAUCAAGCAGCUGAGCUUGAAUGUGAGGAAGACAUUAUUCCAGACUCACCGAUAACAGCCUUCUCAUUUUCUGGCGUUAACCGGCUGCGAAGAAAGGAGAACCCCCAUGUCCGAUACAUAGAACAAACACAUACUAAAUUGGAGCACUCUGUGUGUGCAAAUAAAUUGAGAAAAGUUUCCAAGUCUUCAGCUCAUCCACAACAUAAUCCUAAUGAAAAUGAAAUUCUAGUAGCUGACACUUAUGAUCAAAGUCAAUCUUCAAUGGCCAAAACACAUGGAACAAGCAGCUAUACCCCUGAUAAGUCAUCUUUUAAUUUAGCUACAGUUGUUGCUGAAACACUUGGACUUCGUGUUCAGGAAGAAUCUGAAACUCAAGGUCCCAUGAGUCCCCUUGGUGAUGAGCUCUACCACUGUCUGGAAGGAGAUCACAAGAAACAGCCUUUUGAGGAGUCUACAAGAAAUACUGAAGAUCGUUUAAGAUUUUCAGAUUCUACUUCAAAGACUCCUCCUCAAGAAGAAUUGCCUACUCGAGUAUCAUCUCCUGUAUUUGGAGCUAUCUCUAGUAUGAAAAGUAGUUUAGAUUUGAAUACAAGUUUGUCCCCUUCUCUUUUAGAAACUGGGGGAAAAAAUCAUGUGAAAACACUUCCUUUUAGCAACACUUGCAUUUCUAGAUUAGAAAAAAACAGAUCAAAAUCUGAAGAUAGUGCCCUUUUCACCCAUCAUAGUCUUGGGUCUGAAGUAAACAAGAUCAUUAGCCAGUCAUCUUCUAAUAAACGGAUACUUAUAAAUAAAAAUGUAAGUGAAUCCACAGGUGAACAGGAUAGGACUGAUCACUUUAAAGAGUCUAACACUGAUAAACAUUUGGAGCCCCUGAAAUCACUGGGAGGCCGAACAUCCAAAAGGAAGAAAAGUGAGGAAGAAAGUGAACGUGAAGUAAACUGCCCCCAAGCUUCUUUUGAUAAAGAAAAUGCUUUCCCUUUUCCAAUGGAUAAUCAGUUUUCCGUGAAUGGAGACUGGAUGGACAAACCUCUGGAUCUGUCUGAUCGAUUUUCAGCUAUUCAGCAUCAAGAGAAAAGCCAAGGAAGUGAGAACUCUAAAACCAGAUUUAGGCAAGUGACUCUUUAUGAGGCUUUGAAGCCUAUUCCAAAGGGUUUUUCCUCAAGCCGUAAGGCCUCAGGUGGCAACUGCACAUUGCCCAGAGAUUCCCCAGAUGAGCCCUGUUUACAGGAAUGCAUCAUCCUUCAGCCCUUGAGUAAAUUCUCUCCAGACAAUAAACCAACAUUACAGAUAAAAGAAGAAAAUACUGUCUUCAAAAUUCCUCUACGUCCACAUGAAAGUUUGGAGACAGAGAAUGUUUUAGAUGACAUGAAGGGUGCUGGUUCUCAUGAGCCAAUAAAAAUUAAGACCAGGUCAGUCCAUGGAGGAUGUGAACUUGCAUCAGUUCUUCAGUUAAAUCCAUGUAGAAUUGGUAAAAUAAAAUCUCUACAAAACAACCAAGACGUAUCCUUUGAAAAUAUCCAGUGGAGUAUAGAUCCGGGAGCAGACCUUUCUCAGUAUAAAAUGGAUGUUACUGUAAUAGAUACAAAGGAUGACAGUCAGUCAAAAUUAGGAGGAGAGACAGUGGAUACGGACUGUACGUUGGUUAGUGAAACCGUUCUUUUAAAAAUGAAGAAGCAAGAGCAGAAGGGAGAAAAAAGUUCAACUCAUGGUGAUAAACAGGACAAAGUCAAGCAGAAAGCAUUUGUGGAGCCAUAUUUUAAAGAUGAUAAAAGAGAGACUAGCUUGCAAAAUUUUCCUCAUAUUGAGGUGGUUCGGAAAAAAGAGGAGAGAAGAAAACUGCUUGGGCACACAUGUAAGGAAUGCGACAUUUAUUAUGCAGAUAUGUCAGCAGAAGAAAGAGAAAAGAAGUUGGCUUCCUGCUCAAGACACCGAUUCCGCUACAUUCCACCCAACACACCAGAGAAUUUUUGGGAAGUUGGUUUUCCUUCUACUCAGACUUGUAUGGAAAGAGGUUAUAUUAAGGAAGAUUUUGAUCCUUGUCCUCGUCCAAAAAGACGUCAGCCUUACAACGCAAUAUUUUCUCCAAAAGGCAAGGAGCAAAAGACAUAGAUGUUGAAAAAGAAAUAGAAGGAUGGAGGACAGUUUUUUCCUUCUUAGUUAUUUAUAGUUAAAGUUGGUAUUAAACACUAAUGUUUUUGAUCUUCUGUAAAUGGAUCUAUAAAUCAGUUUUCUAUUGAAAAUGUUUGUGGUAUUUUGCUUUUGCACCUUUAAGACAACAAGGUGCUUUCAUUUUGCACUCUAACUUGAGUUGUUUAUUCACUUUAUGUAGUAAUACCUAAUAAAAUUUUGAAAAU